AAAAUCCCCUCUGGGGCAUGCAGCGCACAGCGCUGGGAUAGAUUCGUCUGUACUUUCCCAUGGCCUCAUCACGGAGGAGGAGCGAAAAGUGAAAGACAUUCUUUCACACUUCUGUCCUGUGCUCAGAUGAGUUCAAUGUUGACAUGGCUUGGUUCACGGUCUACGUUCUGGCUAUUUUCUUUUCCAUACUAUUGUCUUGGCUGUUCAGGGUCUCAAGGAAGAGGAAACCAGGUGAACCUCCGCUGGUGAUUGGGUGGAUUCCUUUCCUUGGAGUUGCACUUAACUAUGGGAGAAAUCCACUAGCCUUCCUUAGAUUGGCUCAGAAGAAGUAUGGAGUCAUUUUCACUUGUAAAAUUGCUGGGAAGUACAUAACAUUCAUUACAGAUCCUUUCUCAUACAGUGCUGUAUUUCGCCAGGGAAAGAUCCUUGAUUUUCAAAAGUUUGCCAUUGGAUUCUCAUCUAAGGUUUUUGGACAUCCAGAUUUUACUGAUCCAAUGUACAGCAGCAGCUACAAAGACAUCCAUUCCAUUUUUCGUCAGACGCUUCAAGGCCGAGUCUUGCAAGAGUUAACCACCAGCAUGAUGGAAAAUACGCAGAUCAUCAUGUUGAGAAAUAAUCUGUCUGGAUGGACGAAGGAGGGGCUGCAAAGGUUCACCAUCCGGAUCAUGUUUGAGGCUGGGUAUAUGACAUUUUUUGGCAGAGAGGAACAGGCCAUAGCAGAGGAAGACAGUGCAGCAAAAAGUCUCUUGAUGCAAAAAAUCAUUGAUGACUUCCUUGUGUUUGAUAAGGCCUUUCCUGAGAUGGCUGCAGGGAUACCCAUUCACUUCCUCUUGAGAACUUUUAGAGCCAGAGAGGCCUUGGCUGAAAUGCUUUAUCACACAUGCUUAAAAAGGAACCACCGUCUGUCAGCACUGAUCGAGAAAAGGAUACAUGCUUUUGACCAGAUGAGCCACAUUGAUGAACUGGGAAAGGCAAGAGCUAAUGUAAGCAUGUUAUGGGCCUCUCAAGCCAAUACAUUACCUGCAGCCUUCUGGAGCCUCUAUUACAUGCUAAGGUCACCUGAAGCUUUGAAAGCUGCUCAAAACGAAGUAGAUCGAGUGCUAAGGGAGUCAGAUCAUAAGCCAGUCAUGGCUGGGAGUCCACUGAUCCUCUCUAAAGAACAGCUAGAUGGCAUGUCUAUCAUUGGUAGCAUAAUUGAGGAAGCCUUACGUCUUUCCAGUGCAUCAAUAAUGAUUCGUGUAGCAAAUGAUGACUUCACCUUGACCUUGGAUUCGGGAAUGACAGCGGAUAUUCGCAAAGGGGACUACAUUGCUUUGUGCCCCCAGAUGAUACACAUGGAUCCAGAAAUCUAUGAAAAUCCCGCGGAAUUUAAAUUUGACAGGUAUUUGGAUGAAAACGGACAAAAGAAGACAGAUUUCUUCAAAAACGGGAGAAAGCUCAAGCAGUUCCUCAUACCGUUUGGGUCUGGGGCCAGUGAGUGCCCCGGUCGCUUUUUCGCCAUGUGUGAAAUAAAGCAGUUUUUGACUCUGGUGCUUUGGCACUAUGAAAUGGAGUUGGAGGAUGUGGCAUGUGCUCCUCUGACUACAGACAGUACCCGAGCAGGUCUGGGGAUACUCCCACCGAAGCAGGAUGUCCAGAUAAGAUUCCGGAUCAGGGCCUGCACCGAUGGAGGGGAAACCUCACAUUAGAUAAUUCAGCCUGGUGAACGCCUAACAAUUUCAUAGCACAGCCUGUUUUUUUGUUUGUUUUGUUUUUGUGUAUGUGCAGAUUUUGUUUAUUGUUUGAAAAUUGCACUUGUGCAUUCGCCAUUAUGUCUCAGUGGGCGUAUUUGUAUAGCUUAGCUUCAGCUCGAGAGACUGGGCCAUAUCUGCGCUGGUAUGUUCUAUGCUUUUCCCCAACAUGUGUAAUGGACACACAUCCAUGCCUGGUACAGUAAAAAUCUGCUGUCAGCUAGACAUUUCAUGGUUAGUGUCAAUAUGUAGCAUGGUAUUUAUUCAAUGUGUACAUGUAUCUUCCCACAGAAGGACUACACUGUAGGUCAAGAUUUCAGUGUUUACUGAUAAAAACAGGAAAACAUAACAGAACACUAAAAUAUGUUAACGUUAAUCCUGCCUGAAAUUACACUUGGUGUUGGAUCAAAAUGUACAGGACUGGACACUGAGGAAUAUGACUGUAUGAAUGGUGAAAUUGUGACAUCAUACCACCAGUGAAAGCAUUAUAAAAAAAGUGGAAUAAUGUGAAAAUUACUAUUGCUACUAUGUUCCUAUUUUCACACGGAAGCACUCGAGAGUAAAAUAAAAAUAAACUAAGGCACUAUAUGAUUUAAGACUGGCACUUCAAGGCAUUUCAACUGAAAAUGCAUCUUUCUGAAAUAAAAGCUGCAUUAAA